UGACACUCGCACUCAUGAAAACUGUAUUUUGUUCAUAUACACAUGAAAUUUUCUUUAUUUGAGGAAAAUGGCACUCCGAAAGCACUUUCAAUGGUUCAUCAAUUUGCAUAUACCCGAGUGACAAUACCCGAGCGACAAUAUUGUGUGCUAGAGAUUUCGUACCGUUUGCACGGACAAAUGAUUAUAUAAAAACGUACGUUGACACCGCUAUUGACAUAGGUGUCCGUUGCUAAUGACUUAAAAGAUGAGAUACAUCAAUGGCAGUUUGGCCCCAGGUAAACACCGGGAUUUAUCUUCUCUUAAUGAAGUGUAUUCUUCAACAUCUACUACCUGUUUGCCAAGCUCACACCGAGUAGUCUAAGCAUCGGGUGUCAUAAGAGCAUUUGGUCGACCAAUAUAGCUAUCGAUCAACGUUUAAUGUGUGUCUCUUUUGUAAGGCUCGAAACCAAAUGUUUGGGUCAUAAAAAGAAAAGUUUUAAAUUACGUAAGCUUGAUUUGUUUGUUUGCCAUGAAAUGGUCUAAUAAACAUGCCUCAUUAACCAAUGCCAACCUAUGUACAUUCUUGAAAAGGGUCAUAACGAAACAAACGCAUCGUCUAGCUGCAAACAAUAACAAUAUCGAUCCCGAGAACGAUCGAACUUCAUCCGGUCGAUACGAACAUCGGGAUGAACAUUCAACUUUCCCAUCAUUGUUGUUGCAUCCAUUGCGUCAAAUCAGACAUAAUACAUGACGACGUUAGCUUAAUUAAGAAGUCAAUCAGUGCUUCUGGAUUUAAGUUUGUUCGAUUGGGGUUUGUAUGAAACGAACGGGUCUGCGUCGUCAGCCUAUGAUGCACUCGGCACAACUUGACGACACCGCGAGGUUUUGAUCUGGAUGUAUGGAUGACCAAAACAGCUCACCGAGUACCAUUAAUUGUGUGGAUACUUAGAAGGCAACUACUAUCAUUAGUACUAAUGAAUUGUUUCAAGAUUUGAGCGACGCAUUCAGAGUAACGCAAACAUCAUCGAGCUUGGAUCCCUCACACUCAGAAACACAUCGUCCUGCCAGGUUGAGAAAGCUCAAAUCUUCAAGGAAAUAUAUUUUAUUUCCUCCUUUUACUAUCCUUUGGAACAUCCUCGCGAAUAGAUCAGCUAUCAUCUGGAUUACAGCUGACAAUGGUUAAGCAGAUGAAAGUACUGGCGCUUUAUUCCGACGAGUUUCCUUCAACAAUGCUGACACCCUGGCUUUGAUUGAGCAAGCAUUUUGUUAAGGUUUGUAAAUUAUAUCUUCAACAAACAAUCUCCAGUCCAUCACCAUGGUUUAGGGGUUAAAUUCAAAGCGACCGGAAGAAUCGACAAUCGAGCCUAAUUGCCCAGCAUUGCAGCUGGAAGAUGGAUGCCUUCUACCAGCAGAUCCCGCGCCCGGACUUUCCGCGGUCCCGCGUGGCACGGAACGCCAAACCCCUCAUCAACACCUUCGAUGCCGAGUUCCCCUACACUGCUCCACCCCUCGACUUCUCCUUCAUGAACAUUGGAAACUUCGACUCGUACCUACACGGCAAGGACGACGAACCACGGCAACAGGGUCAAAAGAAACUUCCCGUCAAGACCGAAGACGGGAAGUACUCGACCACGACGCUGAAAAUGAACAACAACCUUUUGCAGGAGUGGAAAGGUUUCGCGCAAUUUUUGACGGACGUCCUGGCCAGUCCGCAAGAACUCUACUGGCUGGAUCUCUCCUUCAACUAUCUUAUCAAAAUAGAUGAAGUCAUUCUCAACUUCCCCAACAUCAAAAUUCUCUAUCUCCAUGGAAACGCCAUCGAAGAUGCCAAGGAGAUAGAUAAACUUGCGCAACUUCCACAUUUAAUCAGCAUCACCCUUCAUGGAAACCCGGUGGAGUCUGACCCUGGGUACAGGCAGCGUGUUCUCUCCAAACUUCCCAACUUGAGGGCGCUAGACUUCAGUAGGAUAACCAAAGCGGACAGGGAGAAAUCACAAGUGUACGUAUCGAUGGUCGGGGAUCGAAAUCCGACUACAAAGAAGAAACAUGCGCGCUCAAAUACAAAAUGAAGCCGCUGGCCAUCUGUUUAUGACAAUAACAUUGAUUGAUAUCUAGGCCCUACUAUAAUGUGGACGAAAAUACAUUUAAAAGGAUCAUACAGUCAAACCUGUCUAUAGCGACCGCCCAAGGAAAACACAAAACGUGGCCUUUGUAGACAGGUGGUCUUUGUAGACAGGUUCCUUUAGUUCAUGAUUCAAUGAGAAUCCAUUUUCAAGGGGAACAAAAAAUGUGGUCUUUGUAGGCAGGUGGUCUUUGUAAACAGGUGGUCACUAAAGUAGGUUUGACUGUAUUUAUUUUUGUGUCGUUAGGGCAUUACCAAUGACCAAACAGCCUGAUUUUAGAAAGACUUCUCAGUAAUAAGUAAGUUUAAAUACCGUCUUUAUCGACCCUAUAUGGAGAUAGCACAUGUACAAGUGACCCCUAAAUAUCCACACAGCUUUUAAACGUGGAAUUUUACACUAAUGGCCCUUAUCUGCCCAUGCGCAGAAAAUAAUAUCUCCGAACUUGUUUAUUGCAGAGCAUUUAAGAUGUGGCAAACAAAGUGACUUUUUUAAAGGUGGCCUUGUGGUCCUGAUAAUGAUAACCUAACAGACUUUAUUCCUCGAUCGGUGUUCACUCUUCGAAAUGUUUAUGUCAAUUGCAUUUUUAUCUAGAAAUUUGCAAUAUCGAAUCGAUUGUUUUGUGUACAAUGAUUGAAUUUGGAUUAAUAUUUCCACGCUUUUUCUUUUUUUAUGAUUUGUAUUGUUAAGUUAGUGAAUUUGGUUUCAGAGAGCCCUUCCGCUAAAAAUUGAAAAAGAGUCCUAAUGUGUAUGAUAGAGUAGCAUUAAUUUUAUUUUUUUAACUUGGCUGUUCGAAGAAACGUCACAAUAAAUUUGCGGAUAUGUAUUUUUUUUUCAUUGGCGUUCUAUUCGAAAUGUUUUGGCAAUCACGCAAAAAUUUGCAGAAUCGGACUGAUUUUUCUGUUUUGCAACGAUUUUAGUUUCACAGUUUUCAUUUGUGUUUAUUUAUGGUGGCUUGAGUAUUGACUUAAUGACAUUCAUAGUUUUAUUUAUUGAUUUAUUGGCUCUUUCAACGGAUUGCUCUAUAUUGGCCUGUUUAUUCAAUACUUCAUGAUGCUACAUAAAAUAAUGAGAUCGAACAGCAAGUUGUUUUAUCCUUUAUGCUGAAAAUUUGAUUUAUUAAUUAGAAUCUUUCAUUUUGUAUUCGAAUGGCUCUUUUCUUAUAACCAGCAUAUGAAAAAUGGAAUGAUAAUAAAUCUUUCUUAUUAAUGUGCCAAACACAGAA